UCGUCAGCAACAUGUAAAUCGUCAGUAGUUUAGAACGUGCCUCAAAAAACCCAAUAAGGGGAGUAACUCUAAUGCAAUGGCUGGCAACGCGAAAACUCAAAGAUUCGAAAAGAAGACAAACAGGGAAAUGGGAUCAAAGAAGAAGUCCAUAGAUCGCUUUGCAUCACCACUUAGCCUGGUAGAAAGGUGGAUAUACUUUGUCGGUGCAGUCUGGACAGUUUCUUAUCUCUGCUUCAGUGUGUACAGAGAUUCUAUCAAAUAUGAUGGUGUUUUGAACCUGUACGACUUCGGCAAGGGAUGGUUCUGGCUGGGCAGGGAUCAAGAUACAUCCAAUUUUGAAUGGAGUUUUUGGUAUGCUAUGUUUUGGCGGAUAUGGCCGUGGUAUGUGGGACAUGUUGCCCUAGGGAAGAUCAUGGAGUGGAACUCCCCUGCAAAUAGAAAGUAUGUAUUUUUGAUUUUCUCAUUGACCAGUAUUUGUCAACUGGCAGGCUGGCGAAUUGUGGCUCUCUUUUUGGUACAUUGCUCAGUGAUGUAUAUUAUGUCACUCUGCAGUAACUCGGUAUUGGUGUGGAUUGUCUCCCUUACAGCUCUAUCAACAUUGAACUUUGAACCCUUUGUUUCUUUGAUGAAAUCCAUGAUAGAAGAUGAUGAGGAGGAAACCUGGUAUUACUUUCUCAUGUUUACAUUAGCUCUGGUCAAUAUCAGGAGUACCAGCUUCUGUCAGGAGAAAUGUUGGCAUAAUAAAAAGCAACCGGUUACUCAAGAUAGUCAAACUACUGACUUAUAUAAAGAAUUGAGCCCAGGAACCAGUCAACAACCUGAAACAGAGAAGCAGUCAACACAAGGGAGGGAAUCAGUGGGCUACAGUUUCAUUGACCUUCUGUGUUACGUGUUUUAUCUACCCUUGUACUUUACUGGUCCUAUUUUGACAUAUGAUCUCUUUAAAGACCAGAUGAAUGCACCAGCACCAGAAAACACAAGAGGGCACCUGAAACUACAGUUCUUACACCUGCUAAGAUUCUGUUUCUGGGCCAUGUUUAAUGAGUUUCUACUGCACUUCCUGUAUUUUAAUGCCCUACAGCACAGUACGGCUGUACUGAGAUCCGUGUCACUGUUUACCUUGGCUGGUAUUGGCUACCUCCACGGACAGUUCUUCAUGGUCAAAUAUCUCGUCAUGUUUGGAUUACCAGGGACAAUAGCAAAGUUUGAUUAUCUGAAUCCGCCGGACGGACCAAAAUGCAUCUCUUAUAUAUAUUUAUACUCUGACAUGUGGAAAUUGUUUGACAGGGGUUUAUACAGCUUUUUAAAAAGGUAUAUCUAUGUGCCAUGUGGUGGUUCACAGGCGGGCUUUCAUCGGCAGAUUAUCGGGUCAUUGCUGUGUUUUACGUAUAUUUUCUACUGGCACGGUGCUGAGUACUAUAUACUACUGUGGAUUCUGCUGAACUAUAUGGGUGUCUCCUUAGAGAAGAUUGGAUCUGUGAUAUGUAGUAUAUCUGUAGUUAAACAUAUUGAGGUACGGCUGGCUCAUUUGCUGUUUUGGCAACCUGUACAUACUGUGCCAUACAGAAUGGUAUUGAAGUCAACAGAUGGGUUCUCAGACGAUGUCGGGGGUAACCGGAGAAUAAAGACGCAGACGUAUAUGAAGAUACAGACGGAUAUGGAGAUGCAGACGGAUAUGGAGAUGCAAUGA